UCCCUCUUUCUCUGCCCUUUCCCAACCCGGAAGAGCUCUGCUCUUCAGCCCAGCCCUGAGGAGGAGGAGGAGGAGGAGGAGGAGGAGGGCAGGGUGGGCGUUUGGAGGAUGCGGCUCCCCCAGGUUUUCCCCCCGGGUGGGAGCUUGCGCCAUGCCAGCAGCCGCCGCUCCGCUCCUCCCGCACUCCUGCGCUGAGAGCUCCAGCGGAGCAGGACAAAAUAAAAAGCAUCUGCCCAGGUGAUCAAAGAAGAGAAACAUCUGCAAAAGAGCGGAAGAUACCGAGGGGAUCUCACUUCGCAGAGAUAUUUUUUCCCUCAGUUUAUUUGUUUUCCCUUUUUUUUUUUUUUAUUACAUUCUCUUUUUUUUUUUCCUCCUUUAUUUUUAUUUUUUUUUUUAAUUUUUAUUUUUGGAACCGGCCGCUCAUCACCGCAGCCCCCCUCCCUCCGAUUUAAAAACCAAAGCAAAACAGAAACAACCCCGAACUCGCCGAGCAGUUUUCCCCCUCCCCGGCUCCGCACCGUCUCCGCACCGUCCUCCCCCUCCCACCGCCGGCCCCCCGCGCCCUGCCGAGGAGGAGGAGGAGGAGGAAGAGCAGCGGCGGAGCACCGAGCGCGGAAGAUGGAGGUCUCCACGGACCAGCCGCGGUGGGUGAGCCACCACCACCCGGCCGUGCUCAAUGGGCAGCACCCGGACUCGCACCACCCCACCCUUGGCCAUACCUACAUGGACCCCACGCAGUAUCCUCUCGCCGAGGAAGUGGAUGUACUUUUUAACAUCGACGGACAAGGCAACCCCGUCCCCCCGUACUACGGCAACUCCGUGCGAGCCACCGUGCAGAGAUACCCCACGGCCCACCACGGGAGCCAGGUGUGCCGCCCCCCGCUGCUGCACGGCUCGCUGCCGUGGCUGGACGGGAGCAAAGCGCUGAGCAGCCACCACAGCGCUUCCCCCUGGAACCUCAGCCCUUUUUCCAAAACCUCCAUCCACCACAGCUCACCGGGACCCCUCUCCGUCUACCCACCCGCCUCCUCCUCCACUUUAUCCGCCGGCCACUCCAGCCCGCACCUUUUCACCUUCCCGCCGACCCCUCCCAAAGAUGUGUCCCCGGAUCCGUCCAUCUCCACUCCCGGCUCCACCGGCUCCAGCCGGCAGGACGAGAAGGAAUGCAUCAAAUAUCAGGUGUCCCUGGCCGACACCAUGAAGCUGGAGUCGUCCCACUCUCGGAGCAGCAUGGCCUCUUUAGGGGGAGCCACGUCCUCCGCGCAUCACCCCAUCACUACCUACCCGCCGUACGUCCCAGAAUAUGGCUCUGGACUUUUUCCCCCCAGUAGCCUCUUAGGAGGAUCGCCUACCGGGUUCGGGUGCAAAUCCAGACCGAAAGCACGGUCAAGCACAGAAGGCAGGGAGUGUGUAAAUUGUGGGGCUACCUCAACCCCCCUGUGGAGAAGAGACGGCACCGGGCACUACUUGUGUAACGCCUGUGGACUCUAUCACAAAAUGAACGGACAGAACCGGCCCCUGAUCAAACCCAAGAGAAGACUGUCUGCAGCCAGGAGGGCGGGCACGUCCUGCGCGAACUGCCAGACCACCACCACCACCCUGUGGAGGAGAAAUGCCAACGGCGAUCCCGUCUGUAACGCCUGUGGGCUCUACUACAAGCUGCACAAUAUUAACAGACCCCUGACUAUGAAGAAAGAAGGAAUUCAGACCAGAAACCGAAAAAUGUCUAGCAAAUCCAAAAAGUGCAAAAAGGUCCAUGACAACCUUGAAGACUUUCCCAAGAGCAGCUCCUUUAACCCCGCUGCCCUCUCCAGACACAUGUCCUCUAUCAGCCACAUUUCACCCUUCAGUCACUCCAGCCACAUGCUGACUACACCGACACCGAUGCAUCCUCCAUCCAGCCUCUCCUUCGGACCUCACCAUCCCUCCAGUAUGGUCACUGCCAUGGGUUAGCGGUAGACUCCCCUGCUGAAUGCUUACAGUCUCAAAAUGAGAAUUACUUUAUAUACUUGCAUUUUUGCAGGCGUGUGGUUAUGGGUCUGACGUCCCGAGUCAAAUGGGAGGGGGAAAAAGAAUAAAAAGUAAAAAUAAAAAUGUUAUUUGAAGGCGUAAGAGCGAAAGUAAUAAUAAUAAUAAUAAUAAUAAUAAUAAUAAAAUAAAAAGAGAAAAAAAAACUACAAAAAGCACAAAAAAGGAAAAAAAAAAGAAAAAAAGGAAAAAAGUAAAAAAAAAAGUUUUAAAAAAGUGAUGUUUGCCACUUUUUAAAGGAACUCACUAUGGCGUCUAUGUAUUCUUACCCACUGAAUCUGGAUACCAUUUGUGAAUAAGCCAUUCAGAACUUGCAUUCCCUAUUGGACAGGAUCUCUAGUGCUGUGAAAAAAAAAUAAAAUAAAA